CACUUUUGAUUCUUUGAUUCUUGCUUGAUCCACUUUUGCGUGGUGUUGCAUGCAUGUAGAUGUGAUGUUUUUAAUUCGUUGGCGGCCGAGGAAGGGAACAUCUGUUGCUCCCUUCAAUUUGUCCCUGAAGUAGGGCAAUUACCAGUAAGCGGAAGUGCAAGAAACCGUAAAAAGUAUGUGGCGCUCAAUAAAAUACAUGUUAUGUCUUCUAACUUGAGAAAGGCCAUAUUAUUUGUGAUACCUAGCAGCAAAAGUUUAGAUUAUCUAGUUCCAUUGAUUCGUCUUUAUAUGGAUGAAGAAAGCAUUUAAUGUUACUGUUUUUCUCAAGUAGAGGCUGAAAGACUGAAAAAACUGCCCAAUAUGGAACAUUCGCAGCUCAUUGAAGAAAUGCCGCACAUCGAACAAAUGCCCACACAGGACCGACUCAUUCUUGCCAGGAAACGAAGAAGUCAACAGCUGAAACAGUGGCUGCACAAGGAGAAAGAGUACAACCGAAAAAAUAAUAAAGCUUCGAAGAGCGCCAAGCGAGGUAUUGUAUUUGAUGAUAGUGUGGUACUACUUGAAGCUGCAGCAAGGAACGAUAUAGAUGAAGUUAGAAGAUUGUUAAUGAAAGGCGUCAGCCCAGACUCGUGUAAUGAAGACGGACUCACUGCCUUGCAUCAGUGCUGCAUAGAUGAUAACGAACCAAUGUUGUCGCUUUUGCUGGAAUAUGGGGCUAAUGUUAACGCUGAAGACAGUGAGAGAUGGACGCCAUUACAUGCCGCUGCCACUUGUGGACAUUUAAGACUUGUUAGGAUACUGAUAUCUCGUGGAGCAAACCUCCUAGCAGUAAACGCCGACGGCAAUAUGCCCUAUGACAUUUGCGAGGAUGAACAAGCGCUGGAUUACAUUGAGAGUGAAAUGGCAAAAAACGGAGUAACUCAACAGCUUAUAGAUGAAACACGAGCAAGCACCGAGAAACGAAUGUUGGCGGAUAUGAGAGCUAUGGCACAGAGGGGGGAAAGUCUGGAACAGUAUGACGCUCAAGGGGCAACCCCGCUCCACAUCGCCUCAGCAAACGGUUACAUUUCGGUUGUUACUUUCCUUUUGGACAAUGGAGUGCGGACAGAUGUCAAAGAUAAAGAUGAUUGGCAACCCUCUCAUGCGGCAGCUUGUUGGGGACAUAUUGACGUUUUGGAAUUGUUAGCACAAGCUGGAGCAAAUUUGAAUGCGAAAAACAAAAACGAAGAAAGUCCGUCGGAUAUUUGCGAAGAUCCGGAAAUUAAAGAACGAAUUCUGGAGCUAAGGACGGAACAGGAAACCAAGAGGCAAGCGGAAGCCAAGAGAAAAGUAAGAAGAUCACAAAGCAAUACUCGCACUCAAUCUGUUCGAAGGACUUCGUUGAGAGAUAAAGGGUUAACUGCUAGAAGGGACGCUGUCGAAGAAAGGUUAAGGAUGCAGGCUGGUUCUGGAAAUGGUUUGGAAAACAACGACAUAUCUUCCGCAACGAUUGCCAAUCAGAACAACACUAGAUUUAAUAAUAUAUCCAACAAUAACAACAUCGAUUACAAUAACAGCACAAACAACAAUACUAGCAAACUAAAGGCUGAGUUGGACUCGAACACUGGCGCUUUGGCCACUUUGGAUCGGAGAGAUCCUGAAGGUAGAGACAACGAAUCAAUGUUGGAUAACAAUAGCAUUCUCGAUUCUAAAGGAAAAUCUUAUACUACCGAUGUAAAUGGAAAGGUGACAGUUCAUGUGGUUGUGACAAUAAAUGGCAAUGGCACGUUGGCAGACCUGAAAAAGCAGCGAAUGCAAAUAAGGAACAGCAGCAACGACGUCAGCUUUAGCAAUGAUAUUAGUUUAACUUCACCUGUUGGCAGUGUCGAUUUAGACGAAAACGAUUCUAUUAUUAGCCCAAAUGGUAAUCCAACUGAUGUUAUUCGUUUCACAGGGGAUACUACUCUGGAGAAUGUGGAUUAUGGUAAAUCCAAACGGUGUUGCGUUAUACAGUGAAAAUUUAGUUCGAUAAUUUGUUUAAAUUAGGAGAUUAUUAAUUAUGAAGUUCCAUAGUUCCAAGUUCCAUCCAAUAAGAGUUUUCUUAAGCAGGAUAUUGUUAAGGAUGUUCCCCUGUAACGGUGAGUGCGAUUAAAUUUGAUGAGACGCAAUUUCAUCAUAUUGAAAGCAAAGGUGUAAAGUAGCCAUAGCGGUUUACGCCACACAUAAUUAACUAGUUGCUAAGUACCAAAACCACUCUGCAAAAACCCCCAAGCUCAUUAUCAAUUGAAAAGUAACCGUCAUGCAUCAUUGUAUGUCUGAGUUUAAUAUUUACAAUUUGUAUAUCAUUGCAAGCAGAAGCUAUACUUAUAGCUUUUUACUGAGAGAAACUGUGAAUUUGCAAACUCAAAAGUUUUGUUGUUGACUUAGUUUUGAAUCCCUAUUUUCCAAUGAUUCAUUUGAGUUGGUGCAGGGUCUUCCCUGAGUAUUAUUUUCAUAUACAUAAUUGGAUUUGGUUUAACUAUUGCAAAGACGCCUUUAGAUGGCAAGUCAGGUGAUUUCUAUGUUGGUUAUGAAACCUAAGUAUACUGAACUUUCCACUUACCUCGCUACUCUCCGAUAUCAACGAAAUAAUAAACUUAGAAUAUGUUUUAAUAAUAUCCUGCAUAAAGAAACAUAUACUGUGUACGUCCAAACAAUUUUAAUUUAUACAACAAAAGCACAUGUGUACUUUUCUUACCCAAUAUGAAAACAAGGUUGUGUCUACUAUUUCGUAUCCUCUUACACUGUCCAAAAGUUUUAAUUUUAAUUGUGUACUGUGUCAAUUUUAAUUCCUAAAGUCAAUUUUUUUUAUGAAUUAAUUCUUAGAUUUUUUAAAACGUAGUGCAAAUCUAAGCACUAGUUCGAUCAGUAUUAAACUUGUUCUCUAUAUAAUUCCCUAGCUUAAAAAAUUAUCUAAAAAAAAUUAGCUUAUUACUAUGUAGUUGGUAAUUUUUGAUAUAAGUAUUUGAAAAUUUCAACAUCAUUACAACAUAAAAGUAUUGUAUUUUUAUAGAGAAUUUUUAGAGGUAAAAUAUGAAAUGUGGCUUAGUUACAUUUCAUAUUUACAUUAGAUUUUUUAAAUCAUAUAAAAUUUUAUCUUUGUUCUUAGUAAAGCACACCUUUAUAUUAAUGUUAGUCAAAUUUGCUACAGAAAAGAAAGAAAAAGUACCCGCCUGAUUACUAAUAUCUGGUGUGUUAUUAAAUGCACAAAUUAUUUAGGAAAAUAUGUGGUUGGUAAAACUGCUUUUCUAUACAACUGUUAGAAAAUGUAGAAAUCAUUAUAACCACAUAAAAUAAUUCUCAUAUUUACCAUAAUUAUUCUAGCAAGAAAAUAUCACACAUACACACAUAAUAAUAAUAAUUAUUAUUGCCCCUACUAGACCUAAGAUUAAUAUUUAAAGCAAAUAUUUUUAUUAUAGGUAUAUAAGCGUUACCCAGAACUGUUUUCUUAUACAUUCCAAAAUAUGUGAUAGAUUUAAUAAUUUUAUGUAAAUUUUAAGAAUGUACUUAAUUUUUUUGCGCCUUUUUAGUGCCUCACAUGGAGCAAUAUUUAUUAUUGAUGAUUAUAGCUUUAUGGCAAAAGAAAUAUAGUUUCCAAAUUGCGUUUGUGAUUGAAAGAAAUUGGUGGCAAAUUAUUUAUAAACAGUAGUAGUUCAAUCUUUUGUUGAAAAUAAUUUUUCCUUUAUCUAGGCAAAACUAGGUAUUUUGAAAUCAUCUGAUUAUUUAAUAUUGAAAAGGCUCAACAGCAAAAGUCCUGUGACUAGCAAGGUGUGACUACACAGGCAGAUUUUGGCCUGUCAUCAUUGUAAGAGGCUUUUCCUAAAACUUCUUAUGCCUCUUUCUGAAAACUAAGUAGCUACAGUUUCAAGAUGAUUUUUUUUUUCAAGUGGGCCACUUCUUACAGGCUAUGUUGGCCUUCAUUUUUAGAUGUCAGUAUAAAAUUAAGACUCUUUUUUGGUGAAGGAUUUUUUAUAAGGUCUGUUGAAACCUUGCUCAAAACCAUUGAAAGAAUCUUAUGGUGAUGAGGAAGAACAACUACUAGCCUCAUAAGGCCAUCGAUAUUUAAACUUUAUUGAUACCUACCUACCUAUUUUUUUUUUUUUGGAAAUAUUUACUGCCUGCCAUUUAUCAUUUUAAAUUUAGCUCCUAUUAAUUUUAAAUAAUUUUUGUUUCCAAAAAAAAAUAUACUUUUUAUGUCAGGUUUUAAUAGAAUUUUUAGAUUGCAUGAAAAAAUGUGAAAGGAAACAACAAAUUUUACUGAAUAUAUAUACGUAGUUAUUUUCGCAAAACCAUUUUAUUUAUCCAAUAAUUCCCAUUACACAUUUUUUUCCAUAAUACCUACAUGGAGUUUCUUAACAAAUAAAGCAUAUUUUUUUGAAUGUUAUGAAAUUGUCAAAAAAUACCCAAACUUUAUCUGAUGGUUAAACAAUCUAGUCCUUAACAUGUUAAAUGCAUUUUCAAAAUGGUGCCAACUAGUUUUUUGAUUUAAUUAGUAAGCCACUCUAAAAUAAAAAUAAACACAGACUAGAAACACAAAAGUUACUAAUUCUUUUCUUCCUUCAUCUGAACUUCUUCCACUUCUGUAAUAGUGUCCUUCUUAUCCACUUCAUCUUCUUUCUUCUCCUUUCUAAUUUCCUUCUUAAUUUCAUGAUCUUUUUUAAUGUCAUCUUUUCGGCUAUCUCUUUCCUUUUCCCAUCUUGAUUUUCCAUCGUCUCUGUCUUUUUUCUUGUCAUCUCUAUCCCUCUCUUUUUUUUCUUCUUUGUGUGAAGCCGACUUUAAUACUGGUUCGAUUCUAUCACGAAUAUCCAAUAAUGCUGUUUGAAACAAUUUUGUAUGAGCCUAAAAACAAAAAUAUUAAUUACUAAACAUAGGAGGACUAUCCAUUGGGUGUAGUUGAUUAUUUAUGACAUAUUGGAAUACCCUGCAAAUGCUUGAAAUGCCUCACUAGUUUCAGUGGGGUGAGAUAGGUAAGAAAAGUUUCAGAUCUGGCAACCGCUGUGCCCCUUUGAGUUAAGAUAGUAUAUGAGACGAGUUCGGUUAAUCCUCCGUGAGGUAAAAGAUGACAGUGUUGACAGAAGCUCACGUGAUCUUCCAUUUGAAGUAAUAAAACUGAUCACGUUGGGUUGGUCAUCUUUUUGCUCGCGGAGGAUUAACCGAACUCGCCUAUGGGUAGACGACUCCAAAAAGCCCGGGACACAAAUUUUUUUGGCCCUACAGCUGCGAUGAUGACGUAAUCAAUACGGCCCCCAAUUUUUCUGUGACAUGGUUGUACAUUUCCCUAUAUAACUCGAGUUGGUAUUCUGGUAUAUAUUCUGAUAACAACCUAUAUUAUUAGUGAUUAUUAAUCAUCAUUUACGCACAUAAUACUAAAUAACCUGGAAUCCGUUAUAUUUGGCUGAAAAUGUGACGUAUACUUUUUUGUGAGUGGAAAAAACUUUCGAACGGUAUAAUAAUAUAUAACUUCUAUUUUCAUAUAUAAUACCACAAGAGAAAAAAAUUUGUUGGCAAAAUUUUCGACUGGUAUGAAAGUUUGUUGCUUGGCAAUUUCGCGGAUGAAAUUUUGACAUUUUGACAAAACAUGGACAAAACCACGAGCCGUCAGGCGAGUGGUUUGGUCAAAAAUUUCAUGAGCGAAAUUACCAAAAAGCAACAAACUUGAAUAAAACCAAGAGAAUAAUUUUGCCUACAUAAUUUUUUCUUGAGUGGUAUUCGGCUGGACUAUUUCACGAGAAAAACAAGCCAAAUUUUCAUUUAAAAAAAUUAUUUUCUUUAGGUGACACUUGUCAAACUCAAUAGUUUUUUACAUUAACCAUACAAAAUUUUGUCGCUGAAAAACCAUCAUGUUGGUUUUGUCCAGGUAGGAACAGGUAGGAGUUUUGUCAGUAGGAAACCGGCCGUUCCUAUGACAUUUUGCCAGUGUAAAACCACAGCAUAUACAAAAACAAUCAGCAGGCUAACUCUCACGCGCAUCUUUUCUGCGCACGUUGCCAUUAGGGGAUGCCACCCUGUCAUUUAACGGCAGGGACGCCGACAUUUUAAUUUAUUUGUUUAUUUCUGACGGAGGUCAUAGGCGUGCGGUGCAGAGCGGAAUUUUAGUUAUGAUUUUCAAAGUGAUUUUAGUAUAUUCGUGUUGUCAUUUAUGGUGUUAUCAGUUAUCAUUCUUGUAUGCUUAAAAAUAAUAAUAAAUUAGUAAGGACAAAUAUUAUUAUAUGUAAUUAAUAUUAAAUUAGUUUAUUUAAAGCCAAUACGACUUUGUGACCCGAAAGAAAAAAUCUAAACUAUUGUUAAUUAGGUCCUGUCUCGUAUCCCAAAAUGGCCGCUGGUGACAUCCCGACAAUGAAUUCCUUUAUUAGACUGGCUGUCACUCAAGUUAGGCUGCUGAUUGUUUUUGUAUAUGCUGUGGUAAAACACUCUAGUGAAAUAGUCUAAACAAAAGUUGCUGAAAAUUUGUCAAAACAAUGUAGUAUUGCACAGCAAGUUGUUAUGGCAACAAUGUAAUUUGUGCGGGUUCCAGAAAGUAAUAGAGCGGCUUUUUAAAGAAAUUACCCAAUCAUGUCAUAAAAGAGGAAACAUGAAUUCGUUGAUGCUACGACUGAAAUAGUGGUGGUUGCAUUUGUAUGGGACCUGCAUUUGUUAUUCCAGAAGCAUUCAAAAGAGCGUUUGAUUCUCCCGAAGUAUGAACCAUGGCAAAGAAUCUUGCAAUUUUUGCUGAACAUGGUCAGCUUCCAAGUGGUAUAAGAAAUUUGGACCAGUUGAACGAUGGACGUGGUCUUUCACAAUCACUAGUAACCCAUGCAGCAAAAUAUCACUUGUGAAAAGAAACCGAAAAAGCAUCCACCUUGCUCAGACCAAAUUCCAUCUACAUCAAAAUUUACAAAAUUAUCAUUAUUUUGUUCAGAUGUGAAAAACGUGUCUGUUUUGUGAUGAAGGAGAAGGUAAAGACAAACUUGUGACUGCAUCCAUGCUGGGUAUCGGGACUAAAAUUCAUAGUCAUGAUGAAAAUGUGUUGAAGAAGUUAUUAUCAACAGAUUUUGUAGUAUUAGAAGCCAAAUACCCCAAACUAUGCUAUACUCGCUGUGCAAUACGUUCAUGAGCUGCUGAACGUUCUCAAAGAGAAGAAUACUAUAAUCCUGAAGAAGUUGUUUACGGUGCAGUUAUAACGGAAUUGGUUUAAUACAUGCAGGAUUUAUACGCAUCCAGCAGUAUUUUUACAGUGUUUAAACUUUCUUAUGUUACAAAAUUAGUGUCUGAGCACAUGACUGACAUGGGAAUUCAAACUGACGAAAAGAAUAUCAAUUUAACACGUCUCAAGGAACAACUAUUAGCAUUUGCACCUGGUCUGAGAGCAGAUAAGUCUGGGCGUGAAAUUAUUUCAAGUUUCAAAUGGGAUGUUGGCGAACCCAUUCGCAAUGCCUGUGCCUUCAAUGACUUCAAUGAUGGUAUUUGUCUGGAACGGGCGGUAGGUAUAUCACGAAGACAACUCUUUCAAGAGUUUCCUAAAUUUGAAGGGUCCUUUGACUAUGCAUUUACUGCUUCCACAUCUGUACCUGCCGUUCUUAUUAAUUUGUAUGUAUGUUAUUAGAGGGUCCCAAUGUUGACUCUGGUGUCGCACCAGAAAUACCUGCAGCAAAUAAUGCACGAUUGUCAAUUGCCCAACUUAUUAGAUAUAACAGCAUCAAACAACAUGCCAGAAAAGAAAAUGUUGAGUGUACGUCACUCUCUGGAGAGAGAAACGCCACUCCCACUAUAUGUAGGUCUCAUGAUUCACGGUGUCACUAAAAAAAAAUAUUUGAAACAUCAGCAAUAAACAACAUUGACCACAAUCAAAUCUUCUUCUGCUACCAUUACUUCUUUCCAUGGUUCAAGUGUUAUGAUUAUUCAGCAUCCUCACAGUGAUACAGUUAUGGAGAUUGACAAUGACAGCGUGCGAAUCCAGCAGAGGAACAAUCAAAUUUUCAAUGGCCUCCCUUAAUAUUACACUACUCUUCCUGCAACUAGUAAAGUUAGAAGUGACCCUCCUAUAUACAUAUAUUGUCAACUAGCUUAAUAAUGGUUACAGCAAAAUUAAAUGGAAAUCAAGCUCCCGUGAUUACAUGUGACGAACCAGUAUAUGCUAUUGGGAAGCAACUGCAAUAGAAGUUUUCUGACAAGUAUGGCGAGGAUUGCAUCAUAUUAUGGGUGGCCUUCACACAGAAAUGAUGGUCAUUAACUCACUUGGCAAGUGGUUAACUGGCAGUGGAUGGACUGAAUUAGUGACAACUGCUGGUAUUGCAAGUUCUGGUGUUGCAGAAUCCUGCCUCACAUCGUCGCAUGUAAAAAGAUCUGGGUAUGCACACGAAGUUACUUUAACUGCCUUGCAUUGUCUACAGGUAAACGCAUUCAAUAAAACAUGCGAAACAAAUUCCAGCAUCAGUGGACAAGGCAUUGAACUGUGGAUUUUGUCGAAAACAUCUGAAUGUCCUGAUUUCCUGCUUCCAAGUGGAUGGUAGCAGGCCCUAGGAUUAGUUCUUUAAUUGAGGAAUUUAAGGAGAAAUCAAAUUUAAAAGAUAACAAAAACGUGGGCGCGUAGCAUCAUGAGGAUAACAAUGCAUCUGAAAAAAGGUUUUUGGCCCAUGUUAAAAAAAUGAUUGAAGUCUUAAUCGAACAAGAAAAUCCGUUUGAAGAAACCGAUUUGGUAUCAAGGUUAGGGAGCUCCAAGCUAAUUCCAGGUGUCGAAGCUGUGAAGUGGGUUUGAAAAGCAUUAUUUACUUUAGGACUGAAGCAGUAUGAUGAAUAUGUCUUAUUCCGUCUCGAUGAAGUUCAAAAUUCAAUCCAUGAAAUUAUUCCACGGACCAAUAUUCACAUCUUCAAGACUAUUACAAGAAAAACAGACAAGUCAAAGUCCAAGAUUGCUAUCUUGCGUAAAGAUUCCAACUUGUUCUACAGAUUGUAUGUCGCAUCUGAAGCACGGGAUGGCAACAUUAAUGAGUUCUUUUCGCAUGAAAAUCAAAUGAACCCACUAUUCCAGAUGAUGGAAAACUUCGCAAACUAACGAACAAGUCGGAUGUCGGAUGGACUGCAUUCAAAAAAAAUGUGACAUUAGUUUUAAUCCUAGCCAACCGAAUGUAACAGCUAAAAUAUUUGAUGGAGCAGCUGUAAUCACAUAUGUGUUAAAAUGGGAAUGCCUUGUACGAAACUCUGUGUAUGUGAAGGACAGUGCUCCGAGAGUGAUUGGUGAUCACAAUUAAAUACAUUAUUUGGAUUAUAUUGAAUAUGAUGUUAUUAUAUUUGGCUAAUAAACUGGAAUAAUAUUGUUAUCCCUAAAGCGUGGCCCAUGUUACUGAUUUUGGAAUGGAAAUGAAAGUUUCAUUAUCCUAAAAAAGCUAGAAUUCAUUUACAUAAACAUUUUUGGCAGAUUUUCAGCAACUGUUGAUUAGAAAAUAACAGUUAGGUACAUAUAUACAGGGUGUACAAGAUAAGAAUGUCUAUCCAUGGGGAUCUCGUAAACAGUAAUAGAUAUGGCAAUGCUUAAAUGGGAAAAAAGAUUAUUUAAUGAAUAACAAAAUGCAUUCAACAAAUUUUAAAAAAAUUGACAUAUUUGAAAAAAAUAGUAUAUUAUAUACCUAGGUAGAGAAGUUGGUCAUUAUGACUUUCUCUACCGAGGAAUAUAUAGAAUUUUUUUUACUACUGCUAGUAAAAAAUAAAAAAUUUGUUUAAAAUCUGUUCUAAUUAUUUUUUGUGAACGCCCUCUUGAAAGUGCUGCCCUCUAUUAACAGCUUAUAUAACUUCCUAUGUACCUACAGAAACCUGCAUUUUUUUUUCAAAUUGACGUAUGAAAUUGAAAUUGAACCAAUAGAAACAUGACAAUAUCCUUGCGUCAUGACGUCAUUUUCAUUAUUAACCUAGGUAUUUUUUCAUUAUUUUCAUUAUUAACCUAGGGAGAGAAAUUCAAUUUUUUCUUAGAAAAAUAGAUUGAAUAAUGUCUAUUUCUCAGGUUGGUAGUAAAAAAAAAAUAUAUAUCUUCGGAAGUUGUCAGAAUUUUUGAAAUUUGUUGCAUGCAUAUUGUUAUUGUUAGUCAUUAAAUAGCGAAACUUGUUUCCCAUUUAAGCAUUACCAUUUACGAGAUCCCCAUGAUAGACAUCCUUUUCUUGGACACUCUGUAUACCGUUCGAAAAGUGUUUUCACGCACAAAAAAGAAUACUAGUUUUAAGCUACAUAUAACAGAUUCAAAGUUAGUUAGCAAAAGUAUUGUUCAUGAAAAUCGAAAGAAAAAUCAACAUUUCAUUAAAUUUGCAAGUACCUAUUUCUGGUAUUAUGUACCUAAAUGAUGAUGUGCAAUAUACUGUUAGAAUAAUCAUCACUAAUAAUAUAGAUUAAUAUCAGAAUACAAACUCGAGUUAUAUAGGGAAAUGUAGAAUCAUGUCCCAGAAAUUAGGAGGCUUUUUAGACUCGUGUACCCAUGUACUAUCUGAACCCAAAAAGGCGCAUGGGUUGCCAGACGUAAAAUAUUCUGGUAUAAUUUUCAGCUGCCUCACCCCACUACCUUUUUUAUGGUUAUGUAUUGAAUUUAAUUUUACUCUAUAUUAUUGUAUUACUUAAUUAAAUCCUAAAUUGUAAUAAUAAUAAUAUUAGCAAACAUAAUUUUUUUGAAAUUCUCAAGUUGUACCCCACACAAAAUCUCAAAAAAGAAAAUAAAAUCCUAACUUUUACUGAGUUUAAUGAUUUUUUUAACCCUUCAUCCCCUACUCAUUUCAAAACCAUAUUCUAGAACAGCUUGUUAAGUUCCUGUUGAAAAAUGGUAAUAGAACCCUAUUUAAAAUCUCGAGAGACCCUUUUUUUUUUUGGUAACAGGCAUGAGAAAAAACUAACAGAUACGGAAUGUGUUAGAAAAUAUGAAGAUAUUACUGCAAAAGUGGAGCGUAAAAAUGCCCCAAUUGUACAAAACUAAUGAAAUUAAAUUGUUCACAUUUUGAAAUGUCUAGUGUUAUCACAGAAGACUACAACAACUUCUGAGUAACAUGAAUUACUCGGAGUUGAAGUCAAGUAGGUUCAAUAUAGCAUAUAUCCCUCUUAUCAGAUUAUGAUGUGUAAAACUUACAUUUGAUCUUCCUAAAGCAUCCUCACAAGUCCUCAAUUUGUCUUUAAAUUCUUUCACUUCCGAAUUUAAAUGUUUGAUAGUUGAACUCGACUUUGAAUAUUUGUCGGUAAGCUUCUGAUUUUCGUUUUUCAAAUCCACCAAAUAUUGUUCAGUUUCAAUUCGAGCCUUCUCACUUCUAUCAAGUUGUAUUAGCAAUUUACCAACAUCAACUACCGCACCGCGAUAUACCACAAGUCCAUCAUUUGGGUCAGAUACUGAUUGUUCAGUUUUAGUUUGCGAGUUGAAUAUGGGCAAAAAUUUUCUAUUACCCAAAGCCAACUCAUUCAAAUUUAUUUCAGUUGCUGCAGGCUUUUCGACUGCCACUUCAUUUUCAGCUUUUUCUUCUUCUUUAGGUUUAUCAGUUAACUUGCGGUAAUACAAGUUAUCUCUGGCAACUGCUUUGUUUAGAAUUUUUUUAAUUUGAGAUCUUGACAAACUCAGAC